AUGGAGUAUCCUUCAACAUUUAAGCACAAUUAUGAGAAACCAAAAGAAAGGCAAUCAUUUUUCAAAUAUUGGAAAAUGAAUUUAAAAAGAUUUUUGCUUGAAACAUCUUUGAAUGGUUUGAAAUAUGUCAACGAUAAGGAGCGUAACAUAUGGGAGAGAGGUUAUUAUUUAAUCUCCUUUGUGAUCACCUUCAUAAUGGGCAUUUAUAUGGCCAUUUAUUUUCUAAACAAAUGGCAAAGUACUCCGGUUAUCAUUAGUUUGAAUUCAGAGACCACUUCGAUUGCUGAUAUACCAUUUCCCACAGUGACAUUUUGCAACAUGAAUCAGGCUAUACGCAGCAAAGUUGAAGAUUUUCCCGAAAAUUCUACAGACUAUGCUAUACUGCAAAAGGUUUGUUUUCGUGAUUUCAAUUUCACCGAAUAUCGUAAUUACAAGCCUCGCUCUGAAUACGAUACCUAUGCCAGUUUUAUGAUGAAGAACGGCCAAAGUUGUGCUGAGAUGUUAAUUUACUGUAAAUAUGGUCCUUAUGAGGAAAAGUGCAGUGAUUUAUUUCGUGAAAUUCUAUUGGACGAAGGGCUAUGCUGCGUUUUCAAUCAAAUACAUCCUUUUUACUUAUUUAAGGGAGAAUAUAAAUUCGUUCGUGAUUAUACCUCAUCAAACGGACGCACCACCAUUCCAGUAAAGUGGACUUUCGAGGAUGGUUAUAUGAAACCUCUACCAAAGCAUUACUAUCCGCGUACAGCUACAGGUUUAGGUGUGAGCAUGGGUCUGACAGUGGUUCUGAAUGCAAGUCACGAUGAAUACUUUUGUUCAUCCACCAAUGGGCCGGGUUUCAAGAUGCUGCUGUACAAUUCCAUAGAUUUUCCCCAUAUCAAAGAAGCUGGCAUACCAAUUGAUUUGGGCCAUCAGACUCGUGUUCGUAUCAAUACCAGAAUAAUGUCAGCUACACCUGCCUUGCGUGAUAUCGCACCCAAAAGCAGACAGUGUUUUUUCAGUGAUGAGCAAGAGUUGCUCUAUUUCAAAUACUACACUCGGCGUAAUUGUGAAUUGGAAUGCGAUACUCGAUUUUAUUUGACAUUCUGUAAUUGCAUUCCAUACCAUAUGCCCAUGAUAGUGGCAAAUUCCAGUUUUUGUUAUCUGCAAGAUUUGAGUUGCCUUGAGAUGGCUGACCACUUUGCAGAUAAUGAGCAAACGAAAAGUUGUAAGAAGGAAUGCCUACCUGGUUGUCAUGACAUUGCCUUCUUUCCGGAUAAUUUUGCCACACCAUUUCCCAAACACAAUUAUUUAUUGCAAGAUUCAUUGUUUAGGAAUAUCUCAGUGGAGAUGAUUACAACAAAUUUGGCUCAGGUUUCGAUUUUCUAUAAAUACAAUUUUAUACGCGCCCAUGUAAAGGCCCCCUAUACGGGAUUAACUGAAUUUUUGUCCCAAACUGGGGGAGUUCUUAGCCUUAUGGUGGGCUUCAGCGUCAUUUGCAUUGCCGAGGUUUUCUACUUUGGUUUUGUCAAGUCCUUCUUAGAUAUUUUCUUGCGCAGAUCUCCUCAAAGGCUUGGUCUUAGCGACGAUGAUAUGGAAACGCCCAUUGACAUCAAAGAUACUUCUUUGGACAAACAUCAUUACCGCUUUUUGAUUAAACGCCGCAAACCCAUACAUAAUCGGGUCAUGGUCUGGAAUACCCAAGAUAUGAGGAAAUUUCAAACCAAAAUGUAG